UUCCCUCGGGCGGACGCACGCACUGCGUCCAUUGAGCCCUGAGCAUCGAUUGGACCAUUCGGCCUCGCCUCAAGGUAUCGUGUCAUUCAAUACAUACCACAUGCAACGCUGCAGCCACUCUGGUGCCGCAGCUAAUCUUAUCUUGACGCUGACGGCGAAGCCUCCCAAGGGUUGUUAUAAGUACUGAACUCACGAUGUAAUAGACCGCAAGAAUUGUGGAAGAGAGCCAAAGGUUUAAAAUCAUACAAGAUGAGCAGCCACUGCAACUCGCCCCAGUUCAGUACACAGAACGAAGACCGCUGGUUUGUCCCACCUCGUUUGCUACUCCAGCGGUCAGCAGAAGGCAUGCCUGCCCCAGUCUACGCCUCGUCACCCUUCAACCACAGCAAGGCGGACGUGAUAUUGCGCUCGUCGGACAACGUCGAUUUUCGUGUAUUCAAACUCUUCCUUUCAUUGUCGUCUCCAUUCUUCGAGACUCUGUUCGAUCUCCCUCAGCCAUCCGAAGCAGAGCAUCCUGCGGACACUGAGACGAAAGAUGGAUUGCCUGUGCUUCCAGUCUCAGAGGACAGCAGGACUUUAGAUGCACUCCUCCGCUUUUGUUACCCCUGCACGCUGUCCGAGAAUCCUCCUCUCAACCACUUCAGAGACGUGAUCAAAGUACUGGAGGCGGCACAAAAGUAUGCUCUUGAUGAAGUCGAGAACACCAUCCGGAAGGCCCUUUUCAACCCUACUAUUCUAGAGCUGAACUCCUUGCGUUGUUUUGCCAUCGCACGCAAAGCUCGCCUGCGGGAAGAGACUACUCUGGCUGCCAGGUAUUCUCUGAGGAUAUCCCUCGUUCCAAAUUGGUUCGAAGAGAUCGAGAUGAUUACUGCCACCGAUCUCCUCGCCUUGUUGGCCUAUCAUCAGAAGUGUGGAUGGGCUGUGCAGAAACUGCAACUGGGUUUCUCGUGGAUUGAAGAGCAUUACCAGAGCCGUGCAGCGGUUCCAUGGAUUUUUGGUGAAACUCCGGGUCGCUUGUGCGGUUGUCCGAGGGCAAACACGAUAAAGUUGUUUGGCCAGAAGCAUCUCGUAUGGUGGGAAGAGUUUAUGGAAGCUACCUUCCGAACUCUGAAGGAGAAACCAUGCGCCCGCACCGUGCACAAGUCGGUCGAAAAGACAAUCGGGGAAGUCAGGCGGCGUAACUGCCAAUCUUGCACUCCCGAUAUAGCCACUGUGAUGAAUCAAUUUGCCGACCUGUUUGCAAGGAAAGUGGAAGAGCUGGUUUCGGAGGUAAGUUCCCCAUCCCCCCAAGAGACUACUGCCAUAUGUGAAAGUAAUGUCGGUCUGCAGGUCGAGCUCAACUUGACCUACUAGUUCCUCCUCCCUUCGUAUAAAUUUCUGGAUGACUCUUACAAAUGACUGGGGCUUCAACCUUGUAUCACCAUAUUACAUACAUAGCUGUAUGUUGUACGUCCGCUUUUCAAACAGUUUGUGCCAUUCUUGCGGGUUUAUUCCGGAGGUACUAUAA